AGCACUUUCGACAUUUACAUUGCACACCAGCCGAAAAUGGACGAACCGCCACCGCUAUGCUCGCUGUCGAUGCUGGAGGAAGUAGACAACCAGCGCAAUGAUGAGACGAGUGUGAUGGACGAAAUGCUUGCGGUUGCCACACGUGCCAAAGCCAUCAAAGAUGCAGCAAAACGUGCCGACGAACGGAAGCGGAAUCAAACGUUUGGUGGUGGUCUCAAGAAGGGGUUCUUUCGUCAAGCAAAGCCGCCCAAGAAGGAAGUGGCCACGGUGGCACCACCGGACAUUCCCACGAUCCGGCGCAACCCUGCCAAGGAGUCGCUCCAUAUCCCUGAAGUCCACGCUGCAAUGAACCAGAUGCAAAACCUCAAGCCGGAUGACUGGAUGACCCCCGCUUUCUUCGAGAAGCUCGCGCAAAAUCCCAAGCUGUGCCAAGCGAUGCAAAACCCCCGUUUUACAGCAGCCAUCCAAGAAAUGUCGAGCAACCCGACGUCCGCCAUGCUCAAGUACCAAAGCGACCCACACUUUGGCGCAAUCUUCAAAGACUUUCUCGAGUUCAUGGGCCAACAUUUCGAAGAGCUUGGCAAGAUCGAAGAGGAGAAAUCCAAACCGCCGACGAAGCAGGACAUUCAACGCGCUGCACUGACGUCGAUGCCCACGACUCCGGAUGAGGAGGUCGUGGUCCAGCGCGUCCUUGCCGACCCCGAGCUCCAGGAAAUCUUGAGCGACGCAGAUAUGCAACGUGUGCUUCGCGCGUGUCAGCAGCCGGGAGUCCUGUCAACGUUUAUGAAGGACCCAGUGUAUGGACCCAAGAUUCAAAAGCUCGUCCGGGCUGGCCUCGUGCAAUUGCAUCCGUAACACAUUCGACGAUGCAAGUCUAAACAUCACAAACAAGUUGACCUUUCUUCUCGUGCC